CGUAUAUCCAAUGGGAAAACAUCCUAAUUCCAAAUUUUUCAGAAAUUAUUGACUUUCCAAUCCAAAUUACUGUAAUGAUUACCGUGAUAUUACUGCGUGGCAUGUAUCUGUAUGCUUACGAACGUUAAAAUACGUUAAAAAACGUCAUAUGAUUCAUGGGGUAUAAGUAAAUCAAGGCAGCGCACUUCCUGUAAUGUGUUGAUUCGUUGACUGUUGAUUCUUCUCCUGCGCACUCGAUCAUUCCGAGCCUGAUAUCUUUCUGCACGCGACGAGCUGAACGAUUGAAUUCACAUCUGACGCUAGCUUCUUUCCUCACGACAUUUAUCAGUGUACUACGUAGCCAAAACCAGCCUUCAGUGGAAGACCCUAAAGACACCAACGCGAUGAGCAUCAAUGCCACUAUUAGAACGAUCAGCGUCUGUUCUUCGUCGACCAUAGCCAGCCAUGUUGUCAAAUUGGCCCCUAGUCCCUGUGCUCGCCAUCAGCAUACAGACCAGCUGACUGCGUCUAGUGGGGGAUUUGGGCGCAAAGUCGCUUUACCCUGUACCUGGUUGCUGUCGUUGGUCGUGUAGAAACAGGGCGAUCAGGAGACUACGGGAUGCGUUAUGUUGUGCUUUGAUUAGUUUUGAAUAUUGACGUUUGAUGAUCUUCGAAACAAAUUUGGAGUUGAAAGUUGAGAGAGCAGGUCAUAAUAACCGAGUUUUGAUUUACUUUGGUAUUUUGAGAAUAUUUAGGAAGCGUGUGGCGAUAUUUCACCUCUCAGGGCAGCGCAUGCUUGUUUCGCUGAUGACCGCAGUCGUAGACUGAGGACUCGUAGUCUCCGAAUUGUAGUUUUUGGCAGAGAUUAAGGGAAAGAUGGCUGCGCAGUGUUCCCUCUCCCUUCGGACGUUGAUAACGACAGCCAUGGUACAGCAGAGGAAAGCUGGCGCGGCUCCAUUUUCGCCGACUGCUCCUAUGUCGGCUGCGGCGCGCCUGGCGACCCGGGAGCAUGUGAAAUGGCCCGAUGUUGAGCCGCGUGUGGAUUUGCCGUCACAGCUGGGGCUCUUGGCGGAAACUCAGAAAGCGGCGAGUUGGCAGCGUUUUCAGCGGACUCGGACGAGGAAAGUGUUGGGAGACGUUUUGACGGCAGAAGCGCGCCAAGCGCUGGUUGCCAGUCGCAACUGCGAGGAAUGUUUUGCCGCCUGGACUACCGUGAUGAAUAGUAUGCUGCGCAAUGACGAAAACGGGAGCUAUGUGUUCUACAACUUUUAUGAUGGCGUAUCUUGCGGUGUGCCCAAGUUGUCCCUGCCCUGCAUCUUCGUCAUCAAGGUGAAUUAUGACGGCACGUGCCCCACCCGGCUAAUGCUAUGGGGCACUCACGAGGAGAGUGAAAGGGAGCGGGUGUAUUGUUCCGUAUCAGACAUGUGCCGCAUGGAGCAGGUGGCCACGUUCAAGCGAAAGGAGAUGGCGGGUGUGGGGGAGUUGGCCUUCCUGUUCUUCCGGGGGCCGCGCUUCUUCUGGGGCCUCCAGCGGGAGGGAGAAGCGCCGCAGCGUCUCAGCGGUGAUUGUGAUGCACGGAAUAACAGUGGGGAAGUGGCGCUCAGUGAACUGCGUGAGUAUUUAGUCAAGCUGCCUGGAAGCCGCCGCUUGUGGGAAUGGAAUCCUGUCUGGGAUUGAGUCUCGUGGUUAUGUCCGAUUUUUUAGGUUUCCUUUGUUUCUUUCAAAAUCUUAUGAUGUUUAAUUGAAGUCUAAUUCGUAACGAUUGCCAGUGAUAUUGUGAACGCUUGCCGCAAUAUUCUCUCAUUCAUCUCACCUGUGUGAUUAGAAAAUUAAACGGUUUGUAGUCAUUAAAAAGGAAAAGCUCGACAA